AAGCGAUUGGGGAUGCUGCGCUGCGUCCCGUAUAUGCGGAAGUCAAGAAGUGUCGUUGUUUCGAAGAAAUUUGAGUCUGUCUGACUGCGGGUUGCGUUCAUACACAUGGCAAUGAUGUAUAAGAUGAAGAGGACUCGCAUACUAGGUCUCUUGUUGUAUCGUCCAACUCACAUUCUUUUCUUGCAUUCAGCAGCCCGGCCUGUCAUUCGUUUGAUUCAAUUCCAUUGUCUCGUCCACUCUUUUCCAUUACACUCGUUACCAACAUCCAUUCAUCGCUCACCGUGAAAAUGCAUUUCCAAACCGCCGCCCUCGCCCUCAUCGCCAGCUCCCUGCCCGGAGUAUCAGCGCACUACUUCUUCGACAAGCUCGUCGUCAACGGCGAAGCGUCAUCCACCUAUGUCCGCGCCAACACCCGAGCCGAGAAAUACAUGCCAACCAAAUUCAUCAACACCUUCGACAACCUAACACCCCUAAGCACCGACUUCCGCUGCAACCUCGGCGCGACGAACAAAGCUGCGCAGGACACUGCGAAUGUGAAGGCCGGUGACUCGCUGGCCAUGGUGUUGGGCGUUGGUGCGACGAUGAAGCAUCCUGGCCCCGCGCAGGUGUACAUGUCGAAAGCGCCCAGCACUGUGGCUGCGUACGAGGGAGAUGGAGAGUGGUUUAAGAUUCACCAAGAGACGAUUUGUAACCCGGACGGGGAUAUUAGGACUGAUGCGUGGUGUACUUGGGAUAAAGACCGCGUGUCAUUCGAAAUUCCUGCUGGGAUUGAGGAUGGCGAGUAUCUUGUUCGUACUGAGCAUAUUGGUCUUCACGGCGCUCAUGCCGGCGAAGCGGAGUUCUACUACGCCUGCGCCCAAGUCAGCGUUUCCGGUGGCGGAAGCCUGGUUCCUAAGGAUACGGUCAAGAUUCCAGGCGUGUACGCUCAGAGCGAUCCGGAGGUCAACUUCAGCAUCUGGGGUACUAAUAAAGCAUAUCCCGAACAAGGUCCUGGGCCUGUGGUGUUCUCUGGUAGCCUUGCUCCUGAUACGACUCCUACGAACGAGAACACUCCUUCUAGCACUCCUACUAGUGAGAGCACUCCUUCUAGCACUCCCACCAGCACUCCUACCGGCGAGACCGCUCCAAUCAACGAGAGCACUCCCACCACUCCUACCAACGGACAGCACUCCUGCCGCGCGCCUACCCGCCGUCACGCUCGCGACAUGAAGGUCUAAAACCCGGGACCAAGCUCGUCAUUCCAGUAUCCGUUUGCCCAGAAUUCUCUCGGGCAAUUACCGACGCCGACCAUGUGGAUACAGCGUUUGCUUUUCUGCGGUUGGGUUGCGAGAUGCUCCUCUUUUCCUGUAUAUAUUUGGCUGGGCCAGAAUUAGUUACUUUACUUUCUG